CUCUUCCCUCCUCCAUACUCUCCUUCCUGCAUUCUCGCAGGCGCAUUUACUCGUCAGCUCGUGCGUAGCGUACGUAGGUGCUGCACAGCCCGGCCGGGCAGCCGCGCGCGCGAGAUCGAUGGCCGGCGGCGGCGACGGAGGCGGGGGCGGCGGUGCGCAGGACGACUUCUUCGACCAGAUGCUCUCCACGCUGCCCUCCGCGUGGGCCGACCUAGGCGCCACCGGCAAGUCCCCGUGGGAGAUCGCGGCGGGCGGCGAGGACCUCGGCGCCUUUGACGAGUCGGCUCUGCUGACCUCCCGGCUCCGGCAGCACCAGAUCGGCGGCGGGGAGAAGCCGGUCAUGUUGCAGCUCACCGACCUCCAGCGGCAGGGCCUCGCCGGUGGCGGGGAGGAGAGCGGCGGCGCCGGGUUCUCGCCGCUGCCGCUGUUCACGGACCGGUCACCCCCUACGUCGCGGGAGGACAUGGACGGCGGCUUCAAGUCGCCCAAUGGCACGGGAGGCGAUCACGCAAUGUUCAACGGGUUUGGGGCGCAUGGUGGCGCCGGGGCCGUGCAGCCGCCGUUCGGCCAGGGAGGGUCAAUGUCGGGUCAGAGCUUCGGAGGGCCGGCGGCGAGCGGCGGCACGACGGCGCCAGCUUCCUCUGGCGGCGGCGGCGCUAACCCACCGAGGCAGACGCGCGUGCGGGCAAGGAGAGGGCAGGCCACGGACCCGCACAGCAUCGCCGAACGUCUCCGGAGGGAGAGGAUAGCGGAGCGGAUGAAGUCGCUGCAAGAGCUUGUCCCCAACGCCAACAAGACUGACAAGGCAUCUAUGCUGGACGAGAUCAUCGACUACGUCAAGUUCCUGCAGCUCCAAGUCAAGGUUCUGAGCAUGAGCCGGCUGGGCGGGGCGGCCGGCAUGGCGCCGCUGGUUGCCAGCAUGUCAUCCGAGGCGAACAGCAGCGCGAAGAGCAGCAACGGCGGCGGGAGCAGCGCGGCCACCGCCAAGGCAAACGGCGGCGGUGGUGGUGGCGAGAGUGGGGGAGGCGGCGGCAGCGGUGGGACCGGGAUGCGUGUGACGGAGCAGCAGGUGGCGAAGAUGAUGGAGGAGGACAUGGGCACGGCCAUGCAGUACCUGCAGGGGAAGGGCCUCUGCCUCAUGCCCAUCUCCCUCGCCUCCGCCAUCUCCUCGGCCACCACCACCGGUACCUCCCCGGCCUCACUCCUCUCCAGGCCGGUCAUGCGCCACCAGGCCGCCGCCGCCUCCAUGUCGCCGGCCGCCGCGGACGAUGCCACUGCUCGGUCCGUCAAGGUAGACGCCGGCGCCGCGUCCGGCGGGAAGUAAUAAGCUGAUCGACUAGGGCGACAUAAUGGGUGCAUUGCUUGUGUAUCCUAUCCUAGCAGAGCAAACCUGUCAUGUUCAUGUAUCGCUCCUGUAUACUCCUUCCCUUCCAAUUUUCUUCCUCUGAAAAUCAGACUCACCUUGCACACGUACGUAUGAUCGAUCGAGCUCCCCUGAGCCCUCUUUCCGGAGAAAGCCUGGCUUGACUUCCAUGAUAUUUGCA